AUGACAACAAUUUCUGAAGAAGAAGAAAACUAUGUGAGGAUGGAUAUGUUGCUAUCUGGGAUUUCCCAGCGUGCAGCUGUUGGUAGACUAGGUGGCCAAAGUAUGUUUGAUGAAUGUAAAGAGUUCAGGACAAAAAUUUUGGAUCAGUCGACUGUCCCUUGGAACAUAAGAGAUCAAAUCAAUAAGACAUUGGAAGCAUGGAAAGUGAUGAAUUCCAAAUUUGUUGGAACCAAGGCUUCCCAGUAUGUUCUUAAAUGUAUACAGAAACACAGUUGUGUAACAAUUACAGCAAGUUCUGGUGUUGGAAAGACAGUAACUCUACGACAUGUUGCACUAGAGAUGGCAGACGAUGGGUACAAUGUUCUUCCCGUAACCAAUCCACGUGAUAUAGUAAAAUUUAACAAUCCAAAUAAAAAAAACCUGUUCAUUUUGGAUGAUUUUUGUGGAACUUAUUCUAUUAACCAAUCUGACCUGAAUAGAUUGGAACCAGUCAUGGAAAGUAUCAAAGAUUUGUUGAUUCAAAAUAAGACAACAAAAAUCAUUGUAGCAUGUCGACUACAAAUUUAUCAGGAUUACAAAUUUAAAUCGUUGUCAAUUUUCAGGACAUGUGAAUGUAACCUGCUAUCAGAAGAUUUGUGUUUAUCACAAACAGAGAAACAGUCAAUAGCAGAACUAUAUCUUGAAACAAAAACUUCAUACAUAACUAAAGACUGUGUAUAUGAUUGUUUUCCACUUCUUUGUAAAUUGUAUAGUGUCAAUCCUAAACCCAACAUAACAGAUUUCUUCCAGAAUCCAUUUUCAGUUUAUGAAUUAGAGAUUGAGAAGUUGCAUAACAAUGGACAUUUUAGAAAAUAUUGUGCCUUGGCUUUAUGUGUCAUGUUUAACAACAGACUAGAAGAGGAAUGGUUUACAGAUGAAAUAGAUAAAGAAAAAAACACAAGAAUAAAGAAUACAUGUGAAGCGUGUAAGCUGAACAGAGGAACAUCUCGACUUACCUUACUAGAUGAAAUGAAGAACCUUGAACAUACUUUCCUGAAGAAAGAACAAGAUAUAUAUACAAGUAUACAUGAUAAAAUAUUUGACUUCCUAGCAUAUUAUUUUGGACAGAGCAUGCUCCAGUGUGUGAUCAAAAAUGCAGACAGUUGGGUUAUUAGUCAAAGAUUUGUAUUAGAAAAAAGAGAUAGUACGGAUCAGUUUAUGACAAUAGUACCAGCUAAAUACCACCCAAUGUACAUGCAGCGAAUGAUUGAUGACUGGUCUAAGGGUAAAGUACAGCAUGUGUUUGAUAAUAUCAAUUUGCAAAUACCAGAGAUCAGACAGAGAUUUCGCUGUUAUUUAUUUAGUACACUUGAUAUCUUACAUCAGAGACAACUAGCACUAACCUGUGAUGUUGAUUACAAGAACACUGUUCUGAUACACUGUUGUUUCCUAAAUGAUAUUCCAUUCAUCAACUGGUGUAUUCAUCAUUGCGUUGAUGUCAAUCAGGGCAACAUUAGUGGUGAGAGUCCCUUACUUGUUACUGCACAAGAAGGCCAUAAAGAGGUUAUGGAAUUAUUACUGGACAACAAGGCAGACAUAAAUAAGUGUGAAAAAAACGAAAUAUCUCCUUUGUAUAUUGCUUGUUACAAAAACCGCACAGAGAUAGUUAAGAUUUUACUUGCCCACAAUGCAAACAUUGAUAAGUGUAGACAUAAUGGAGAAUCACCAUUCUUUGGUGCUUGUCGUAAUAAUAAUAUAGAAGUAGUUAAAUUAUUGUUAGAUAAAAAGGCAGAUAUUAACAAAGUUACAGAUGAAGGAGCAUCUCCUUUAUUAGUUGCUUGUCAAAGUAAUUAUAUAGAGAUUGUAACGUUAUUACUAGACAACAAGGCAAAUAUUACAACGCGUGCAUAUAAUGGAGCGUCUCCUCUUUAUGUAGCCUGUCAGAAUAACCAUGUAGAGCUAGUAAAGUUAUUACUGGACAACAAGGCAGAAAUCAAUACGUGUUUAAAUAGUGGAGCAUCACCUUUGUGGAUUGCUUGUCAGAACAAUCAUAUUGUAAUAGUAAAUGUAUUACUGAAUAACAAUGCAGACAUCAAUAAGUGUACAGAUGACGGAGCAUCUCCUUUGUAUGUUGCUUGUCAGAAUAAUAAUGAAAAAACAAUAAAGGUAUUACUGGAAAACAAGGCAGACAUUAAUAAGUGUGAUGAUAAUGGAGCUUCUCCUUUGUAUGUUGCUUGUCAGAAUAAUAAUAUAGAGAUAGUUAAAAUAUUAUUGCAUAACAAGGCAGACAUAAAUAAAUGUUCAGAUAUUGGUGCAUCUCCUUUGUUUAUUGCUUGUCAUUCAAAUCGUACAGAAAUUGUAAAAAUAUUACUCAACAACAAGGUGGAUAUUGAUAAAUGUAUAGAUGUUGGAGCAUCCCCGUUGUUUAUCGCUUGUAUGAAUAAUAAUAUAGAGAUAGUAAAGAUAUUACUGUACAACAAUGCAGACAUUCAUAAGUGUGAACAUUCUGGAAGAUCUCCUUUGUCUGUUGCUUGUCAGAAUAAAAAUAUAGAGAUAGUAAAGGUAUUACUGGACAAUAAAGCAGACAUAAAUAAGUGUAUGAAUGAUGGAGCAUCUCCUUUGUUAAUUGCUUGUUGGCAGAAUAAUAUAGAAUUAGUUAAGGUGUUACUUGCCUACAACGCAGACAUUGACAAAAGUGCAAAUGAUGGAGCAUCCCCGUUGUUUAUUGCUUGUCAGAAAAAUCACAAAGUGAUAGUAAAAAUAUUACUGGACAACAAACUGAUAUAA